AUGUUGGACCUCUCCCUCCUGAAUACUUCCGACUUUCUGCUUGUCAUUGGAGCUCUUCUGGUGACGCUUUACUUCACUCGAGAUCGUCUUCGAACCUCCAUCGGCCGAUAUGACCACCAAUCGUCCAAAUCAGACUAUCCGGAUGCUCCCGACACGGGAUCCGAUGACAGGAAUCUCGUUAAUGUCAUGAACAAGGGCAACUACCGCUGUGUUGUCUUGUACGGCUCGCAAACGGGAACCGCAGAGGAUCUGGCCAUGCGUCUGGCCAAAAAGAGCCAAAGCCGAUUUGGCCUGAACACAAUGGUGGCAGACAUGGCUGAUUACGACUAUGACGACCUUUCGAAGUUGUCGAGCGAUACACUCGUUAUGUUGGUCAUGGCUACGUAUGGGGAAGGCGAACCAACUGACAACGCCGCCGGCUUCUGGGGUUUCGUUACUUCUAACGACAAUGAUAGCGACUUAUCCAACCUCAACUUUGUCGCCUUUGGGUGUGGCAACAAGACCUACGAGUACUUCAACCACGUCAUCCGUCACGUUGAUAAGUGCCUCCGCAAACUGAACGCAAAUCGACUCUGCGCUGUUGGGGAGGGAGAUGACGCCGCCGCCACUACAGAAGAAGAUUUCCUCUCGUGGGAAGAGACGAUGUGGCCAGCUUUGGUCAAGAAAAUGGAUCUGAAGGAGCGGGAGGAGGAGUACAAGCCCCUAUUCGAAGUCGCCACGCAAGGAACCCUCAGCGCAGAGAGUCCACAGGUAUAUCUAGGCGAGCCAAACAAGAAACACCUAUCUGCUAGACUUGGAGAGGGCGUUAAAGGACCUUACAGUGCUCAAAACCCAUACCUGGCAACCUUGCGCGAGUCCCGAGAGCUCUGCUUGCUACAAGAUCGCCGGUGCCUUCACAUCGAACUGGAUAUCGAGGGCUCUGAGAUGACCUACCAAACUGGCGAUCACGUUUCUUUGUGGCCUAUGAAUGCUAGCGCCGAGGUAGAUCGCAUUGUCAACCUUCUUGGUCUGACGGAGAGACGCCACGAAGUCAUUUCCCUCAAGUCAGCCCAAGUCUCAACGACUAAGAUACCAAUCCCGACGCCUACCACCUACGAUUCCAUAUUCCGCUACUACCUUGAGAUUAAUGCCCCCGUAAGCCGUCAGUUUCUCGCGACUCUGGCGCCUUUCGCGAAUAACGAGGCAGCACGAGUCGAGCUGACGUCUCUUGGGGGGAAUAAGGAGUACUUCGCGCAAAGAACGAGCGGCCGCUACUAUAGUAUUCCUCGGCUGCUGGAACAGAUUUCGGGUGGGAGCAAUGCAGCUCAAUCGCAGUGGUCUCACGUUCCAUUUUCCAUCUGGAUUGAAGGGUUCAGCAAAUUGCAGCCACGGAACUACUCCAUAUCCUCAUCCUCACUCGUCAGCCUGAGACGAAUUUCCAUCACUGUUGCGAUCGACAACAAGACGCCGGUCUCGUCAGGGCCUAUCUCCAGCGUUACUAAAUCUGGCGAAGGUGGCAUACCCUUCCGUGGCGUUACCACGAACUAUUUGCUCGCUGUCGCUUCCUCAAGGAGCGGCUCUUGCGGGACAACCUACGAAGUCUCUGGACCGCGUGGCCGGUAUGCCGGCGGUCAGGUAGCUAUAAACGUCAGGCGUUCGACAUUCCGGUUACCUCGAGACCUAUCGAAGCCCGUCAUCAUGAUUGGACCUGGCACAGGUGUUGCACCAUUCCGUGCCUUCGUACAGGAACGUGCAGAGGUUGCAAGGCGCGGGAAUGUUGAUCUUGGACACACGAUACUCUUUUACGGCUGCAGGAAGGCUGAAGGUGACUUCCUGUACAAAGAGGAGUGGAAGGAACAUGAACAGGCCCUUGGCACGUCCUUUGAACUCGUUACCGCCUUCUCGCGCGAUAGCACAAAGAAGGUCUACGUACAGCAUCGACUCCUCGAACGCGCACAGCAGGUCAAUAACCUUCUUGAGAAGGGUGCUUAUAUUUACAUCUGUGGUGAUGCUGGAGGUAUGGCCCGAGACGUUUCAGCGACCUUGAUCAAGAUCGUGGUCGCGCAACGUGGCAUCUCAGAGGUUGAAGCGCAGAAGACCCUCAAUGCAAUGAGGACGCAGAGCCGUUACCAGGUACGUCAUGAUUUGCAAUCUGAACUGACGGCAUGGUCUAACAGCUGUUUGUAG